AUGAAUGAAACACCGGUUGUUGAUAUUGUAACCAAGAAUCAAUUGAGAGAGGAUUUCGUAGACAUCAAGGAACAUGAGAACACUGAAAAAUACUAUUUUCAGUUGAAAGUAUUUGGAAAAAUUAUUGAUUUUCGAAGACACCACUUCCUUGAAGCAGCAUUUAAUCCGGAUGAAAGUGAAUCCGUCAUCAAAUCCAUUCACAAUUAUAUGGUUCAUUUCUUUGGCGAUUCUAUGGAAUAUUUAUGGCUAACAAGCGAUUGCAUGAAUCCUAUCCCACAACUCCAAAACAUAAGUUCAUGUAUCCGAGUGUGGCAUGUUAAUCCGGAUUCGAUAGACCUUGAAAACUUUUUUUCAACAUCUCCACCUUUCAAAAAGAUUGAAUUUAACGUAUUUAGACCAACAGAUUUCAGUCCGGAUUCCAAUUUCUAUCAGGCAGAGUCUGUGGUGACAGUUCAACACCAUAACACUUUUCCUUCUGUUUUACGUCACUUUCAAGGAAAACAAGCAUUCGUGGAUUGCACUUAUCACAAUACUGAAGAUUUGAUCGAGCUUGUGAAAAGAUGGAAAUCGGGAGAAGCAUUUCAAAAGCUGGAAGUAUUGAACUUUAACGUUUCCGAGGAUGAUAUCGAUCAAGACAUUGUUCUAAAUGGAAUUGGAGCAAAAUACAUUGAUGCAAGAAAAACACCGCCGACACACACUUUGCCCAGAAUGUAA